GUUUGAUCCGCCCCUCGAGGGCGUUAUCUCCGCGUACAGUGGGAGUGGUUUUGGGAGUUGGUGGGUGGGGGUGGUGGAGGGAUUCUGGCCGGACUUCUCGUUCGAGCAGGCGGAUGGGGACCCCGGCGGUGCCAACGAGGGCGGCCGCCGGCCCCCUGAGGUACAAGGCGCUCGCGUCGUGGCGCUUCCAGCCGGGCUUCGUCAGGCAGCCGGUCGAGCCCCACGCCGCGGCGCCGAGCGCCUUCAGCGGAGGAGGGGUCGGGGGCACGCCUGGCGCCAAGGGUCCUCGCGGAAUAGGGGCGUCGGGGAAAGGCCGCGAAACCAGAGGAGGGCGGGGAGGUCCUCAAUCGAGGAGAUGCACCCGCAGCUCGAGCGCUAAGGCCUCUGAUGCGAGUGUGGAGAAGGGCGGCCGCCGUGAUGCCGGAAUCGACGGUUAUUUGCGCAAAUCCGGCAGCAACGCCGGUGCGGGGGAAUCCAGAUUGGACGGCUUGAGAAGUGGCGGUGGCGGUGGCGUUGGCACAGCAGCUGGAGAAGAUUGUAGUUUGGGGAAGUCCAACCCUAGUAGUAUCGUGAGAGAUACUGAUGUGCAGCAUCUUGGGAGCGGCAGCAACGCAAGAAGUGGGGAAUGCGUUUCCGAUGAAAGUGUGAAGAAGCCUAGUGUAAAUAGUGUGUCAAAAAGCAAUGGUUCUUCUGCUGUCGAUUGCAUGCUGAAGGUUGACAGCACCACGCCCGAUAGACAUGCCGAUAAUGCUGCUGUCAAAGGUACCAACUUUGCAGGUCCUGGCAGCAAUGGUGAUGAAACAACUCGCAACGGGCAGAAGGUAGUUGCUCCAUGGAGGUUCCAGAUUGGUUUCAAGAGGUCAUUCUCGAAAGCUUUCUGCUCCGACACUGAACCAUCUGGGGCCUUUGGCGUUCAAUUCUACAGAGUUCAAGAUGCUUCGGCACAGUCCACUCCAGCAACAAGGAGUUCUGUGCGCUGUUAUGCAAGUGCUCAUUCUGGUGUUAGAGUUUCAGCCAUGCGUGACUUUUCGAUGAAACGUGAGAAGGAAACAUCAAUUCCAUAUAAGAAGAGGAAAACUGGGAAGGGUAAUCCUAUUCAAGUGAUGCCAAUGAAUAGAGUUGUCCUCGCUAGGGAAAACAUUAUGGGAUCUCUGCAGGAUUUUCGCUUAAUUUAUAGGGACCUUUUAGAUGAAGAAGAAGACAAGCCUGCAGAAGUAGUGAUUAGACCUGAUCUACAAGCUUACCGAAUCUUCAGGGAGCGGUUCAUCACGGAGUGUGAUGAAAAGAAAUAUAUUGGCCAUGUGCCUGGAAUCCAAGUUGGUGAUAUCUUCCACUUGAGGGUAGAGCUCUGUGUUGUUGGUCUUCAUCGCCCACACCGGGUAGGUGUGGAUCAUAUCAAACAGGAGGAUGGGACUUGCAUAGCUGUUAGCAUUGUGUCAUAUGCACAAUCAUCUGAUGUUAAGAAUAAUUUGGAUGUUUUGGUGUAUUCUGGAUCAAUGACUGCUAUUGCCAAUCAGAAGAUAGAGGGUACCAACUUAGCACUCAAGAAAAGUAUGGACACUAACACACCAGUCCGUGUUAUCCAUGGUUUCAUCACUAGCCUCAAUGGAAAUUGCCGACGAAAGAAGUUUCCUACUUAUAUAUAUGGGGGUUUAUAUACAGUUGAGAAAUACUGGAGGGAGAAAGAGGGUAACGAUCGUUAUGGUUAUAUGUUCCGACUGAGAAGAAUGGCAGGACAGAGACAUAUUGACAUCCAAGUAAUUCUGGAAUCAGGACAAGCUGAAUCAUAUGGUAGUAUUAUCAUAAAAGAUCUGUCCCGCGGAUUGGAGAAGAUCCCUGUAUCUGUUGUUAAUUCAAUAUCUGAUGAGUACCCCAUGCCAUAUCGCUACAUUGCACACCUGCAGUAUCCCCGUAAGUAUCAUCCAGCACCUCCAGCAGGCUGUGGUUGUGUUGGCGGAUGCUCAGAUUCUAAAAGGUGUGCUUGUGCAGUGAAAAAUGGUGGGGAGAUUCCUUUCAACGAUAAAGGCUGCAUCAUAGAAGCAAAACCUCUUGUUUAUGAGUGUGGGCCUUCAUGCAAGUGCCCUCCUACAUGUCAUAACAGAGUUGGUCAGCAUGGCCUUAAGUUUCGCCUGCAAGUUUUCAAAACCAAAUUGAUGGGCUGGGGAGUAAGAACUCUUGACUUCAUACCAUCUGGAAGCUUUGUGUGUGAAUAUAUAGGAGAAGUGUUGGAGGAUGAAGAGGCACAGAAAAGGACGACCGAUGAAUACUUAUUUGCUAUUGGUCAUAAUUAUUAUGAUGAAGCCCUUUGGGAGGGCUUAUCAAGAUCCAUACCGUCACUUCAGAAGGGUCCUGAUAAAGAUGAAGAAGCUGGUUUUGCUGUUGAUGCUUCAAAGAUGGGAAACUUUGCAAAAUUCAUCAACCAUAGUUGCACCCCUAACCUUUAUGCACAAAAUGCCCUAUAUGAUCAUGACGACAAGAGUAUACCUCAUAUUAUGUUCUUUGCCUGUGAGGAUAUUCCACGCUGUCAAGAACUUUCGUACCACUACAACUAUUCAAUAGAUCAAGUUCAUGAUGUCGAUGGUAACAUCAAGAAGAAAAAAUGCCUUUGUGGCUCUAUUGAAUGUGAUGGCUGGUUGUAUUAGGCUCGAGAGUGUACAAUUUCCGCAGGCAUAAUUGAACUUCUUUCAUUGGCAUGGAGCCUUCUUCUGGCUUACCCUGUCAUUUAUGUUAAUGCCCUUUUCCAUUUUUACAGUUCCGCCAAUUGGUAAAGUGCUAGAUCAAUUCUUUUAUUUGCACUGAGUCAUUUUAUAACUUGCCGAAUCAUUUUAUAUUGCGUUGAUAGAAUGUCUUCUAGAACUGUUUCCACCAUUCAACUUGAGCUGAGAAUACCCAUUUUACACAUGAAAGUGCUUUAAAUAUAUU